AUGCUUUCUACACCUGCAGCAGAAAAGCAGCCCGAAGACUUCGUGCAUGUUGAGACGAGCUUGGACGGCGUCGCCGCUGAGAAAGAUGCUGAAUAUCUGGCUAACACGCCUGACUGGACGCCGGAAGAAGAGAAAUCUGCUCUACGAAAGCUUGACUGGUGUCUAAUGCCAAUCCUCGGCGGAAUCUAUAUGGCUUCCUACAUCGAUAGAGGAAACAUUGGCAACGCCAAAGCCGCUGGCAUGAACGACGAGCUCAAAAUCACCAGUGAUGAGUACGCAUGGUUAAUCACAAUAUAUUACAUUGCUUAUAUCGCCUUUCAUUGGACCAUUCUUAUCUGGAAGGUUGUCAACAUUCCGAUCUGGGUGGCUUGUCUGUGUCUCGGGUUUGGCGGGGCGAGCAUCUUGCAAGCUGCUUGCCAUAACUGGAGUGGACUCAUGGCUACUCGCUUCAUCAUCGGUGUCUUCGAGGCUGGUUUCGCCCCUGGUGUUGCCUUGUUCCUUAGCUUCUUCUAUUCUAGAAGAGAGAUGGGGUUCCGGUACGGCGUUUUCAUUGGGUUCUCAGCUCUGGCGAACUGUUUCGCCUCUGCGCUUGCAUACGGUAUUGUGCAGGCACCGGUUGCAAUUAGUGGGUGGAGGUUUCUCUUCAUCAUCGAGGGCUUGCCAACUUUGAUCUUGGCCGCCGUAGCCUACUUCUACAUUCCCAGGAGCGCGCAAGAUGUCCCAUUCUUAAAUGAGCGCCAAACCCACAUUGUCUCGUCUCGGGCUCUUAUAAAUCGCGGUGAGCUCGGAAAUGAGGGCAAGAUCAACUUUACCCAGUCCUUCGAUGCCUUUAAAGACUACAAGUGCUACUUUCAGGCCUUCACACUCUUCUUGCUCCACACCUCUUUCGCGUCUCUUCCCGCCUUUCUCCCUACCAUUGUCAAAGAAAUGGGUUUUACAUCCAUUCAGGCCCAGGGACUAUCUGCCCCUCCCUAUUUCCUGGCCUGGAUCGUCUGCGUAAGCGUGUCAUUUAUCUCGGAUCGGGUUGGACAGCGCGGCCUGUUCAUUGUGUUCCUCGUUUGUGUCGGUGGCGUAGGCUACCUUCUGCUGGCGCUAUUUGAGUCUACUGCCAUCCGCUAUUUGGGUAUUUACUUCAUCACCUGCGGUGUUUUCCCAUCCAUCGCUCUCAACUUCACUUGGAUGACCGACAACCAGGGCCCUUCCUCUAAACGCGGUGCUGGCCUAGCUAUCUUCGGCAUGAUUGGCCAGUCGGGCUCGUUUCUUGGGGCGAGGAUCUUCCCCGACCACGAUGGUCCAUUCUACGUGAAGGGCAUGGCCGUUUGCUCAGCCUCGCUCUUUGCGGGUGCUCUGCUGACACUGACGCUAUCAAUGAUUCUCCGCUGGGAGAAUCGCAGACGCGACAAGAAGACCGAGUCCAUCUCGAAUGCGAUCGAGAUUUCUGAUCGUGUUCGUGCCCAGGGUGAGGAUCACCCAAGCUGGAGGUUCGUCGUUUAG